AUGGAGUUUAUGAACUGGGGUUCUUCAGUCCUAACGACUCCGAGAAUCAGUAUGUCGGAAUCUGCUUCAAGGGUAUCACUCCCCGGACGGUUGUGUGGGUGGCCAAUAGAGAAAACCCUAUCACAGACUACACAGCAAAACUCACUAUCACCAGCAGUGGAAGUCUUCUCUUACAUAAUGGCAAACAUGGCGUUGUGUGGUCCAUCAGAGAAAUUUCACACGUCGGAAAUCUUAUUGUCAAAGAGAGCAUCUCAAGAAACACUCUAUGGGAAAGCUUUGAGCAUUUUGGUGAUACUUUGCUUCCUUUUUCUCCCCUCAUGUAUAACCUCAACACUAACGAGAGAAGAGUGUAGACUUGUUGGAGAAGUUACACUGAUCCAUCGCCUGGCGAAUUUGUUGCUCAGAUUACACCGCAAGUGCCAUCACAGUUGUUUACUUACGAGAGGCUCCAUGCCUUAUUAUAGAUCCGGACCAUGGGCUAAAACAAUGUUCACAGGUAUACCGAGAAUGGAUGAAACAUUAACAAGCACAUUCAUCAUUCAGCAAGAUGCAAAUCUCGGGUCCUCCUCUUAUAUAAGCAGAAACUUAAAGCUCUCACGUUUGGUUUUAACCUCAGAUGGCUUCUUGAAGAGGUUUCAGCAUAGUGGUACCGACUGGGAAUUAACCUAUGACUAUGAGUCUCCAGCUAACUCAUGCGAUCAUUAUGGUGUAUGUGGACCUUUUGGCGUGUGUGUCACGUCAGCGUCACCAAAGUGUAAAUGCUUCAAAGGGUUUACACCAAAACACGUUGAGAAGUGGAAAAGAGGAAACUGGACUGAUGGUUGCGUAAGGCACACGGAAUUGCUAUGCCAGAGAAACUCUACUGGUAAAGAUGAAAACAUCUUCCAUCAAGUUGCCAACGUAAAGCCUCCAGACUUUUACGAGUUUGUAAUCUCUGUGGAUUCUGAAGACUGCAACCGAGGCUGCCUCCAAAAUUGUUCUUGCUUGGCCUUUGCUUAUAUCCGUGGAAUUGGGUGCUUAAUCAGGAAUCAGGAGCUGUUGGAUGUAGCGCAAUUCUCUAAGGGAGGAGAGCUUCUUUCCAUUCGUCUUGCACGCUCUGAACUAGGUGUAGGUGGAAAUGAGAGGAACAAGACCAUUGCUGCUAGUGUUGUGAGCCUUUCUCUUUUUGUGAUAUUGGUUUAUGAAUAUAUGGUGAACAAAAUCCUUGACACUUUUCUCUUGGUUGAUUCAAGAAAAAGGCUUGAGCUUGAUUGGCCAAAGAGAUUUGAUAUCAUUCAAGGUAUUGCACGUGGACUUCUCUAUCUCCACCGUGACUCACGCCUCAAGGUCAUUCACCGAGAUCUCAAGGUCAGCAAUAUUCUUCUGGAUGAGAACAUGAACCCGAAAAUAUCAGAUUUUGGAUUGGCUCGGAUGUUUCAGGGAACUCAAAAUCAGGACAACACUCACAGUGGAUAUAUGUCUCCUGAGUAUGCAUGGACUGGGAUGUUCUCUGAGAAAUCAGACAUCUACAGCUUCGGAGUUCUUCUCUUAGAAAUCAUCAGCGGAGAGAAGAUCUCAAGAUUCAGAUAUAAUGAAGAGUGUAAAACCCUUCUUGCAUAUGCGUGGGAAUCUUGGUGUGAAACGGAGGAGUUGAUUUUCUGGACAAGAUCUUGCUGA